GCGGGAUUGAAAUCACUCGGAUAAUAACCAAUCAGCAGGAUGAAAAUUACAAGAGAAACAAAGAAUGCCAUUGUUGUGAGCUUCGGGUUUUUACUGCUGUUUACUGCUUACGGAGGGCUUCAAACUGUCCAGGAAUUCCCGGAUUUGUCAGGCAAGAUUUUCACUUGAGGAAACCAUGCUGACUAUGGGAUAUUUUAUUAUGUGCCUUCAAGUACCCUGAGACCUCAUCCUUAACAAUCGAUUCCAACAUCUUCCCAACAACUGAGAGCAGUCUGAAUAGUGAUGAAGGCCUUGGCCUGGCCUCAUUAAGUGUCAUCUACGCAGCUCUUAUCACCUCUUCAAUGUUUCUUCCACCUAUAAUGAUAAAAUAUUUUGGCUGUAAGUGGACCAUAGUUAUGUCCAUGUGCUGCUACGUUACAUUUUCAAUUGGCAAUUUUCAUCCAAGCUGGUACACACUUAUUCCCACUGCAGUAAUCCUUGGACUGGGAGGAGCUCCACUGUGGUCUGCUAAAUGUGCCUACCUGACCAUUUGUGGGAACCGCUAUGCAGAGAAGUUCAAUAAACUUGCAGAAAAUGUAGUAAAUCACUACUUUGGAAUUUUCUUCCUUAUAUUUCAAUCAUCUGCUGUUUGGGGGAAUCUAAUGUCUUCAUUAAUAUUCCAAUAUACUUCCACUGAAGCUAACAUCACUGAAGAGCACUUAUCAUAUUGUGGAGCUGCUAAUUGCCCAGCAUAUGAUUCAAUGUUCAAUACAAAUGUAACACAAACAAGCUAUCCAGCAUCCACAAUUUACCUCCUCUCAGGAGUUUAUACUGGUGUCGGUUUAAGUGGAGUGAUCUUUGUUGCUAUUUUUUUGGAUCAGCUCGAUAAGCAAGAUGUGGAUGAGUUCAAAAAGCAGAAGAUAGAUGUGUGUACUCAUUUGAUGGCUACAUUUACACAUCUAAAGGAUAAACGGCAGAUUCUGCUUAUUGUCAUGACAAUGUAUAGCGGGUUAGAACAGGGUUUCCUUGCAGGUGAUUACACAAAGGCCUACAUCACCUGUGCCCUUGGAAUACAAUACGUUGGUUACUGCAUGAUCUGCUUUGGUGCCUCUAACUCUGUUUUUUCUCUAACUUUUGGAAAAUUAUCAAAAUAUACUGGACGUAUUCCAUUGUUCUUCUAUGCAACUCUUGUCAAUCUGGCAUCAAUAAUUUCAUUGCUUUUAUGGAAACCACAUCCAAAUCAACUACCGGUGUUUUUUGUGUUUCCCGUUCUUUGGGGAAUGGCUGAUGCUAUCUGGCAGACACAAACUAAUGCCCUCUACGGAGUUCUAUUCCUGGAGCACAAAGAAGCAGCAUUUUCCAACUACCGAUUGUGGGAAUCUGUGGGAUUUGUGAUUGCAUUUGCUUAUGCAAAUUUUUUGUGCAUAAAGAUCAAGCUGAUUAUUUUAUUGAUUGUCCUGUUAACAGGCAUGACUUUAUAUGGUGUUGUGGAAUAUAUUGAAUACUCAAAAGCAGGGCGUGGAGCUGCUUCACAAAUAUUUCCUCAAAAGACUAAAAUCAAAAAGAUGCUGGAAGUAGAAACUAAAAUUGAAAAACCUGUUGUUGAGAGUGACAUUGAAAUACACGCCACAAUCUCCGAAGUAAAGUUUUGAGGAUUUGUAUUGACUUUUACAGAUGUUUCAGUUAAUGACUGAAGAUCAGUUUUUUUUUAAAUCACCCUUAUAAUUUUAUAUGUAUUGUUUAUAAUUUACAUAAUUGAAAAUAUUUUAAAAUAAAACUAUUUUAUUGACUUGAAAUUAACCAGAUGGGUUUUUGAAAUCUUCAGUCUUUAACUGAAUCAGGUAAUUCAACUGUAAUAAUCAUUGUUAUAUUUAAAAAUGUUAGCAGAUCACCAGGUGGCAGAGACAAAAGGCUGUUUAUUGUUCAUAGAUUUGAUCCAUUAAUGGAAUCUCUUGUCUAGCUGGUUGCAGAUAUAAAUGUGUUAAUGAGAAGUUGAAAUUGUGGAACAAGGAUUUUCCAGCAGCUUACAGUAUAAGUAUUUUGAAGUCCAACAUCCAAUUAGUUUGAUGAGGGAUUCCUUGAUACAAACAAUUGUUAAAAUAUUUCAGUUUUAUGGAUAUUUUAUGGUGCAUUAAUAGAAAUGGAUCUUCCCUAAAUAAAUUCCCAUCAUGUGAUGUAACUGAAGCCAAAUAUACCAUUCAAUUCCUUAUGGUUAAUUGGUAACCUUAAUGUUUCUGGACUAAAAACACACUCCUCGGUGAGAGGUCUAAUCAAUGUUUGUGUUUAAAAUGAAGCAGUUUGUUGACAAUAGAUGUCUAAUAUUCUUAUCAAAAGGUUUUUACAAGAUAUAUCCAUAUUUUUUGUUGAGAUCUUUAUAGAUUUUGUUUUGUACAUUUCUCAGUAAUAUCUAGCUGGAGAAAGGAAAGAUAACCAAAAGCAUAAUUAAAAGGUCAGUUUUUAGAGGAGACACAAGAGUAAGGUGGUGAAUCUGUGGAAUUAAUUGCCACACGUGACUGUGGAGGCCACAUCAUUGGGUAUAUUUAAAGCGGAGGUUUAAAUCAUCAGGACUGGUGAAGGGUCUCGGCCUGAAAUGUCAAUUGUUUACUCUUUUCCAUAUAUGCUGCCAGGCCUGCUGAGUUCCUCCAGCAUUUUGUGUAUGUUACAAAGUGCAUGAGGUCUUUUUGGAUGAGUUGAGUGAAAGUGGAAAAGUUGUAGCAAAAAUGUAAAUAAAGGAGAACUUUUACUGAAAGGCCAACUCACAUUGAGUCUAAAGUAGGGACUGUUAUCUGUCCUGAAUUCCAUACUAACUCAAAUAGUUUUUGUAAAUGUUUAUAUGAUGACAAAUGAGAAAGAGUAACAAGUACAAUGGAGAGAGUAGUUUGCAGAAUUACUGAAUAGACCACCACCAGGUGAAGAACCUAACAUACAAAAGGCAGCAGAGGACCUCAACAUGAACACAGAUCCACCCACCCAAGAAAGAAGAUAUUGGUGCUGUGAAUAAAUAACUAAAGAACAGCAAAGCUCCAGGUCAUGACAAUUUGAACGCCGAACUGUUCAAAGCUGAACCCAAAGUUGCAGGAGUCAUCCUGCAACUACUGUUUGCUAUAACCUGGGAAUGAGGACAAGUAUCCAAGGGCCGGGCAAUGGGAGUCACUGUUUGGAUCCCCAAGAAGGGGCAUUAAGUGACUGCAACAACUAAUGUGGCAUCACACUUCUGUCAAUGCUCAGCAAGAUUCUUGCCAACUCAUUGUGCAACAGAUUACAGAUGUUGUCAAUGUGUGCUUGAGGAAGGAGCAAGCUGGCUUCAGGAAGAACAGAGGCUGUGUCGACCACAUAAUCACACUGUGUAGUAUCAUAGAGCAGUACACAGUGGCAGAGACAACUAUAUGCACAUCUCGUGGACUUUGAAAAGAUAUUUGAUAAGGAGAGCCUCUGGCAAAUUCUCAGAUCAUAUGGAAACCCUUCCAAAAUUGUCCAGCACAUACAGAGUUUCUAUGCUAAUUUUACCUGCUUAGUUGGGGACAGCAACUUGAGCUUUGAAGUCAAGACAGACUCAUGCAAGGCUGUGUGAUGUCAGCAAUACUGUUUAACCUAGUGUUUGACUGGGUUAUGAGGCAAACAGUGAAAGAUAAGCAGAGAGGCAUUAGGUGGACUCUAUUCUCUACUUUGAAAGACCUUGUCUUUGCCAAUGACCUCACAUUAUUAUCAUUUACACACCAGCACAUGCAAGAGAAAGCUCAGUGCCCGUGUACCUUUGGUGAACAAGUUGGACUCAGAGUCAGUUAGAGAAAGACUGAGACCAAGACCCACGAUGUAAAAUCUCCUCCUCCCAUCAAGGCAAAUGGCACGACUUACCCAGCACCAGCAGAUUCAUCUAACUGGGCAGUAUCAUUCGGCUUGGUGGGACCAAAGAUGACAUUCAGUGCAGAGAUGCAGCAAAGUUAGACACAUCUGCAGAACAAUGAACAACCAAGUACAGUGCCCACACCAAGAUGAAGCUGUACCAGAGAUGUGUUGUGUCCACACUCAGUAUGAGUCAGAAUACUGGUGCAUGACAGAAAACAACCUUGCCAAGUUGUCAUCAUUUUGCGCCAUGACCCUGCGGUAGAUCUUUCGUAUCUUCUGGCCAAGAAAGGUCUCCAACCACGCUCUACUCCUCAGGAUCAUCAAGAGGACAUAGUCACAAUAAUCACAAGGAAAUGCUGGAGAUGGAUUGGGCACGUGAUGAGAAGAGAGGCCAAUUCUAUCAUCAAGAUAGCACUUCACUGGAUCUCUGAAGGGUGGAAGAAACGCGGGAGACCAAAGACAACUUGGUGCUGUUCCGUAGAGGCAGAAAUGAAACCCUGAACCACACCUGAGGCACAAUCGAGAAGAUGGGCACAGACAGACAGAGAUGGAGGACCUUCAAUGCUGUACCAAACAGCCAAUAAGUUAUAUGAUGACCACAGGUAACAAUAUUCUCAAUAAAUAAAUUUUAAAACUUACCUGUUGCACAUUUAACAUUUAAGUAAUAUUUGAGUAAUAUUAUAAUUAUACUAUUGAUUAAGCAUAACAACAAACAACAGGAAUUCUGCAGAUGCUGGAAAUUCAAGCAACACACAUAAAAGUUGCUGGUGAACGAAGUCCUGACAAAGGGUCUCGGCGUGAAACGUCGUCUGCACCUCUUCCUAGAGAUGCUGCCUGGCCUGCUGCGUUCACCAGCAACUUUUAUGUGUGUUAUUGAUUAAGCAUUCUUGUUUGUUUAAAUAAUUCAGUACAAGUUACAGGUUUCCCCCGCCAUCCGAAGGUAGAGUGUUCCUAUGAAACGGUUCGUAAGCGGGAAUGUCAUAAAGCAAAGAAGCAAUUACCAUUAAUUUAUGUGGGAGAAAUUUGUGAGUGUUCACAGACCCAAAAAUAACCUACCAAAUCAUGCCAAAUAACACAUAAAACCUAAAAUAAUAGUAACAUAUAGUAAAAGCAGGAAUGAUAUGAUAAAUACACAGCCUAUAUAAAGUAGAAACACUUCUCUACAAUCAUUGACGGCACUGUUCUCCGUAGCGAAAAUCUCACGCAAGCGCUUUCGGCAGAAACAUUCUCUCCAGUAUCCUUUAAGCUAUGAAGCUGCCAAAUCAUACCAAAUAACACAUAAAAACACACAGCCUAUAUGUAUGUACAGUGUAGUAUCACUUACGGGAGUUGGGAAGACGUCGAGCACACUGAUGAUGGUGUGUUAGGCUGAGUCGUCGGAGGUUGGGGUGGUGCAGUGGUCCCCAACCUCCAGGCUGCCGACUGAUACCGAUCCGCGAAGAAUGCAGGGGUACAGCGGUAGCCGGGACGCACCCAGCACGUCUUUAAGAAAAAAGCCGAAAUAAACAAGCUAAUUAAUUACGUGCUGGGCAUCACCUAAUUAAUUAGCCUGUUUAUUCCGGCUUUUUUUCUUAAAGAUGUGCUGGAUGCAUCCCAGCUACUGCUGCAAUCUCUGCGAAUCGGUAUCUGUUCGCGGCCCGGGGGUUGGGGUGGUGGAACACUGAGGUAUCAUCUCGUCAUCUGUUUCCAUCAGGGCAGGCAGGUCAUCUUCUUCUAUGUCUGCCUGCCUCGAUGUCAAAGGUCGAGGUUUGUCGUCUGCUGUGGCUGAUGUGGAAGGCUUGAAAAACGACAGUAUGCUUGACUGCUGGCCUCGCGCAUUUUUCUAUCAUACAGUUCUUUGUAAGCACUCAAACCAUCUUGCGAAUAUGCCUUAAACCGACAUACCCUUUCAAAAUUAAAGUCGUACUUUUCUGCAAUAAUUGCAGCGAAAAUCACACGCAGUUGCUUCACGUUCAGUUCCUGGACGACUUCAUGCCACCAGACGUAAGUUGUGGCUCAGCGCUCGUACUGGUUACACGUGCAUUUGCUGUCCACUGAUAUUUUGUGUUCACUGUUGACUUUGUGUUUAAUUUCACUGUGAAAAUGUCAAAAAGAGCUGCAGAUACCCCUGUGGGUAACAAUGAGAAAAAGAGAAGGAAUCUUCUCUAUCAAUAACGCAGAAAGUGGAGUUAUUGCAGUAGCUUGAUAGUGGUGUGUCUGUGCGGCGUCUUACUGAAGAAAAUAGUGUCAGAACUACCACUGUAUAUGAUUUAAAUAAACAGAAAGACAAGUUACUGAAGUUUUAUAGUGAUAGUGACGUCCUACAUUUAUUCCAAUAAGUCAUUUACCAUGUGUUUGAUUCGGUUUGUUUGAAGCUGUAUAUUUUUAUGUUUUAUUGAAUGUUUUUAUUGGAAAUAAAAUUUCUUCUUGUCAUUAUUCCCUAAACAAUACAGUUUAACAA